GCGACGACAUAUUUCGAUCAUUCCGUUCGUCCCGUCAAACACCACCCGAUGGAGGAAGCGAAGGCGGCCGCCUACUACGACGAGCUCAGCCGCAAGGGCGAGGGCGCCGCACGCUUCAAACAGGGCCUCGGCUUCUCCUCCUCCUCCACCACCACCUCCAACUCCGACCGCUUCCCAUCCAAACCCAAGACCUCCUCCUCCUCCCUCUUCUCUACCUUCAUCCGCGCCUCGAGCCCUAAUGCGAAGCCCCCUGACGAGCAGCACAGCAGGCAAGCCCGGCUUGAGGUCAUCCAGAACAAGCUCAAUAAAGAGCGCCGCCACCACGAUUACCGCCGCUCCCUCUCCCCUUCACCCGACCGCGAUCGCCGCCGCCGCCGCAGCAGCAGAGACCGAGACGACUGCCGCUCCCCUUCUUCUUCUCCCGACCGCAAUCGCCGUCGCCGUCGCAGCCGAGACCGGGACGACCGCCGCUCCGGUGAUCGUAGGCGCCGUUCUCCGAGCCGCGAGAGUCGGAGGGAACCGGAUGGCCGUGGAUCUAGCCACCGCGGCCGCGGUUCGCGCGACCGAGAUGAGGAUUCCUCCCACUCCAGAAGUAGAAGACGGAGUUGGAGCCGAUCCCCUAGGAGGGAAUCCCGCGGUGCGGAUCGAGAGCGAAAGGGUGGGCAUGAAAAGGAAAGGGGUGGAGAGAAGCAUAGGAGCGCGAGCGCUAAGAAUGGUGGUGGUGUUGAUUAUUCUCAGUUAAUCGAGGGUUACUCAAACAUGACACCAGCUGAAAGAGUUAAAGCAAAGAUGAAGCUUCAGCUCUCAGAAACUGUUGCAAAGGAUACAGAUAGGGGAAUGGGCAGUGGAUGGGAACGGUUUGAUUUUAACAAGGAGGCACCACUUGAUGAUGAUGAUGAAAUUGAAGCGGCAGACGAUGAUGCCUCACUAGUAAAGAAUAUUGGAAAGAGUUUCAGAUAUUCUGCAGUUGAGGCCAAGCGGGAGGAAGAAAUCAAGGCUGCUCAUGACAACGCCAUGUUUGGAGCAUCUGCUGCAUGUGCUGAUUCCCCAGUUCUUGAAAUGGAAUCUGUUCAUGUUGAUGUCACAGAGGAUGCUAGCGACAAGACUAUCACGGAUUCUCUAGUAAGCGACAAGGUGAUUGCGAUGCAACAAAGUUCUUGGCGAGAUCGAGCUCGCAGGUUCCGAAACGACUCAGAUAGUUGAAAUUCCUCUUGAACGAAUGCCAGGAGCUCGUAUGGAACCAGCCGGAGAUGUGAUCACAGUUUUUGGCCACAUCUGGCAUUAAACAACAUCUUAACAUGAAAUCCCCCGAAGAGGACUUGCUGAAGAAGGGAACCGUUGGUGUUGAAGGAGAUGUAAAGGCAUUGUAGAGUGAGUUUUUAUUGCAGCUUUCUUGAUUGCAAUCGUUACUGGAAUCUUAGCGUUAUUUUUUAUUUGGAUGUCAUCAUGUAUCUGUAGUUUUAGCAAUUCCCUUCUCGCCAAUGAUGACAUACAUGAGGUCAAUUCAGAUGAUAUUUACCGAAUAUUGCGACACAUUUAUAGCUUAAAUGUGACACAUCAUGUUUCAUCUC